AUGUCGGUAACACCGCAAACCUCAGCAAUAAUAAAGCCAACUAAAGGUAACGUAACAGUUCAAGAUGUUAUGCUUUACAUACCUAAUUUGAUUGGCUAUUUUCGUGUGUUGACAGCAGUUUUGUCAUUUAUUUGUAUGAAGAAUCGUCCCAUAAGUACUUUGAUUUUAUAUGGAAUUUCAGGAUUCUUAGAUGCAUUCGAUGGCUACGCAGCUAGAAAAUAUAAUCAAGGUACAAGGUAUGGGACAGUAUUAGAUAUGGUCACAGACAGAUGUGCCACUACAUCAUUAACAUGUUUCUUAUGUGUCAUUUAUCCUGAUUUUUGUUUACUUUGGCAAUUGCUAGUCUCUUUGGAUUUGGCCUCUCAUUAUAUCCAUAUGUAUGCAAUGAUGUCAAGUGGUUCUGCAUCCCAUAAGAAUGUUGAUGAGUCCCAAUCGAAGAUAUUGUCAUUGUAUUAUACAAAUAGAACCGUUUUGUUUGUUGUUUGUCUUGUUAAUGAGUUAUUUUACGUGGCCAUCUACUUGCAUUACUUUGAUUUCUUUUGGUUAGGUACGGUUCUAGUAUUCUUAAGUGCCCCUAUUUGGUUUUUCAAACAGUUUGCAAACGUUAUCCAAUUAAGAGCAGCAGCUUUGAUUUUGGCUACUAUGGAUGCCAAAGACAAAUCUUCAAAGGAGAACUAA